AUGCCAGCUUUUGGACACGUGUUGAAGGAACGUGGAGUGUUGGGGUGGACCCGCAAGGCCCGCGUUUUGCUCCAACACUUGUCUACUCUAAAAACUCCUGGCUUCUUGCUCCGUAGCAUGAAGUGGAAAGGUGACGUUGGAAUGGAUCCUGAUAAUAAAGCCGAAAUGAAUCCAAAAAUUUGGCUCGCAAAAUGCGUCUAG